ACUUAAUCGUAGUGAAAAAAAAGAAGUUUAUCCACAUUUCACAGAUGCAACAGACACAAAUCUAUUAAGACAUAUAAUGGGAAGUGUAACUGAUAUUAUUUUAACACAAAAUUUACGAGAUUUAGUACUAUGA